AGAGGGAUGCGACGAGGGAUGCAGCCGGCAGGGGGCAUGGGCGUGGGCCUCGGGGGACUAGGGGUGCCUGCCACGCGGGUGGGCACGCCCGCCGCUGCUGCCUGGCUCGGCGCCACGCCGCCAUGGUUAAAGCCGAGAGAGGCAGCGCCCCCGCCGCCCCGCGCGAGAGAGUAGUCGCAGCAGUUUCCAGUCUAAUCCGUAUCCCAUCUCCCGAUUCCCAAGCCGCCGUGACCGCUCCAUUUCUUCUUCCGCGGCGCCCACCUCUCGCCGCCUCGCCUGCACCGGAGUGCCCGCGCACCUGCAAGGUCUCAAACACCCAGAGAUGGCAACUUUCACAUCCCCAGUUCUCUGCAACUUCAUGACCAUCCAACAGAAGAGCACGCCUCUGCUGAACAACAACAGCACAAAACGGCCCCAGCACCUGAGCUUCCCAAGGACAAGCAGGAGCGUGCCGACGACAUUGCCGGGCUUCAGAGCGAGGCAAGACCUGCGCGUCGCCGCCGUCUACAAGGUGAAGCUCGUCGGCCCCGAAGGGCAGGAGAGCGUGAUCGACGUGCCGGAGGACAGCUACAUCCUGGACGCGGCCGAGGAGGCCGGCGUCGAGCUGCCCUACUCCUGCCGCGCCGGUGCGUGCUCCACGUGCGCCGGCAAGGUGCUGGAGGGCUCCGUCGACCAGUCGGACCAGUCGUUCCUCGACGACACGCAGGUCGGUGCCGGGUACGCGCUCACCUGCGUCGCGUACCCGACGUCUGACUGCGUCAUCCAGACGCACAGGGAGGCAGACCUGUACUAGACUACUAGGUAGUCCGGUUAGCUCCAUUCGGAUUCGAUCUUGAGUUCUUGACACUGAUUCGCUUGCACUUGUGCUCUUGUCCUUGCAGCUAGGUAGAACUAGUACAUUCUUGUUCACAAAAAAAGAACUAGUCUUGUUUAGUUCACCACAAAAUUCAAAAACUUUUUAAAAUUUUUCAUCA